ACGGGGCAACAUCGCGGUUGCCAGGGCGACGGGAGGUUUCCGCAGCUGCUGGUACUCCCCAUUGGAAACGUAGAACCGUUACCGGUCGAGGGCCUUAGCAGCCGUCGUGACCCUCUAGGGAAUCCCACGAUGUUCUUCUACCUGACCAAGAAAAUUUCCAUUCCCAAUAACGUGAAGCUGAAGUGUGUAUCCUGGAACAAGGAACAAGGGUUCAUAGCAUGCGGUGGUGAAGAUGGAUUACUGAAAGUUUUGAAAUUAGAGACGCAGACAGAUGAUGCAAAAUUGAGGGGCCUUGCACCCCCCAGUAAGCUUUCUAUGAAUCAGAAUCUUGAAGGUCAUAGUGGUUCUGUUCAAGUUGUAACAUGGAAUGAACAGUAUCAGAAGUUGACUACCAGUGAUGAAAAUGGGCUUAUCAUUGUGUGGAUGUUAUAUAAAGGCUCUUGGUUUGAGGAGAUGAUCAACAAUCGAAAUAAAUCAGUUGUUCGCAGUAUGAGCUGGAAUGCUGACGGACAGAAGAUCUGCAUUGUAUAUGAAGAUGGGGCUGUGAUUGUUGGUUCAGUGGAUGGCAAUCGUAUUUGGGGAAAAGACCUGAAGGGUAAACAGCUAUCCCAUGUAACAUGGUCUGCGGACAGUAAAGUCUUACUUUUUGGAAUGGCAAAUGGGGAAAUACACAUUUAUGAUAAUCAAGGAAAUUUUAUAAUGAAAAUGAAACUGAGUUGUUUGGUGAAUGUCACUGGAGCUAUCAGCAUUGCUGGGAUUCAUUGGUACCAUGGCACAGAAGGCUAUGUGGAGCCUGAUUGCCCUUGCCUUGCUGUUUGCUUCGACAAUGGAAGAUGCCAAAUAAUGAGACAUGAGAAUGACCAAAAUCCCGUUUUGAUUGACACUGGCAUGUACGUAGUAGGCAUCCAGUGGAACCACAUGGGCAGUGUGUUAGCUGUGGCGGGCUUCCAGAAGGCGGCCACGCAGGACAAAGAUGUGAACAUUGUGCAGUUUUACACUCCGUUUGGUGAGCAUCUGGGUACUUUGAAAGUUCCUGGGAAGGAAAUAUCUGCACUAUCUUGGGAAGGAGGUGGACUGAAAAUUGCACUAGCUGUUGAUUCCUUUAUAUAUUUUGCAAACAUUCGACCUAAUUAUAAGUGGGGUUAUUGCUCAAAUACUGUGGUUUAUGCAUAUACCAGACCUGAUCGUCCAGAGCACUGUGUUGUCUUCUGGGAUACAAAACACAAUGAAAAACAUGUUAAAUAUGUGAAGGGUCUCAUUUCUAUUACUACCUGUGGCGAUUUCUGCAUUUUGGCUACAAAAGCUGAUGAAAAUCAUCCUCAGUUUGUACUAGUUCUUUGUAAUUCUAUUGGUACUGCCUUGGAUCCCAAAUACAUUGAUAUUGUACCACUGUUUGUUGCAAUGACAAAAACCCAUGUGAUAGCAGCCUCGAAAGAAGCAUUUUAUACCUGGCAGUAUCGUGUGGCAAAGAAGCUCACAGCAUUGGAAAUUAAUCAGAUCACACGGUCUCAAAAAGAAGGGAGAGAAAGAAUUUAUCAUGUUGAUGAUACCCCUUCUGGAUCAAUGGAUGGUGUGCUUGAUUAUAGUAAAGCCAUUCAAGGCACAAGGGAUCCAAUUUGUGCCAUAACUGCAUCAGAUAAGAUAUUGAUUGUGGGUCGUGAAUCUGGCACCAUUCAGAGAUACAGUCUACCUAAUGUUGGUUUGAUUCAAAAAUAUUCCCUUAAUUGUCGAGGCUACCAGUUAUCCUUGAAUUGCAACUCUAGCCGUCUUGCUGUCAUAGAUAUCUCAGGAGUUCUGACUUUCUUUGACUUGGAUGCUCGAGUAAUGGACAGUACAGGACAGCAAGUAGUUGGAGAGUUGUUAAAAUUGGAGCGAAGAGAUGUCUGGGAUAUGAAGUGGGCCAAAGAUAAUCCUGAUUUGUUUGCAAUGAUGGAGAAGACAAGAAUGUAUGUUUUCAGAAACUUGGAUCCUGAGGAACCCAUUCAGACCUCUGGAUAUAUUUGUAAUUUUGAGGAUUUAGAAAUUAAAUCUGUUCUUUUGGAUGAGAUAUUAAAGGAUCCAGAACAUCCAAACAAGGAUUACCUAAUUAACUUUGAGAUUCGGUCUCUGCGAGAUAGCCGAGCACUGAUUGAGAAGGUUGGAAUUAAAGAUGCAUCUCAAUUCAUAGAGGACAAUCCACACCCCCGACUUUGGCGCCUACUGGCUGAAGCAGCUCUUCAGAAACUGGAUCUCUACACUGCAGAGCAAGCAUUUGUGCGCUGCAAAGAUUACCAAGGCAUUAAGUUUGUGAAGCGCUUGGGCAAACUACAGAGUGAGUCAAUGAAACAGGCUGAAGUUGCUGGCUACUUUGGCAGGUUUGAAGAGGCUGAAAGAACAUAUCUCGAGAUGGACAGAAGGGAUCUUGCUAUUGGCCUCCGGCUGAAAUUGGGGGAUUGGUUUAGAGUACUCCAGCUCCUGAAAAGUGGAUCUGGUGAUGCAGAUGACAGUCUCAUGGAACAAGCCAACAAUGCCAUUGGAGACUACUUUGCUGAUCGACAAAAGUGGUCGAAUGCUGUACAAUAUUAUGUACAAGGGCGGAACCAGGAACGCUUAGCUGAAUGUUACUAUAUGUUAGAGGAUUAUGAGGGAUUAGAGAACCUUGCCAUUUCACUUCCAGAAAACCACAAGUUACUUCCAGAAAUAGCACAAAUGUUUGUCAGAGUUGGGAUGUGUGAACAAGCAGUGACUGCAUUUUUGAAAUGCAGUCAACCAAAGGCAGCGGUAGAUACCUGCGUACAUCUCAACCAAUGGAACAAAGCUGUUGAAUUGGCUCAAAAUCAUAGUAUGAAAGAAAUUGGAUCUCUGUUAGCUAGGUAUGCAUCUCAUUUACUGGAAAAGAAUAAAACUUUUGAUGCCAUAGAACUCUAUCGGAAAGCCAAUUACUUUUUGGAUGCUGCUAAACUGAUGUUUAAGGUUGCAGAUGAAGAGGCAAAGAAAGGAAGUAAACCUUUACGUGUCAAGAAGCUCUAUGUAAUGUCAGCCUUACUUAUAGAGCAACGCCAUGAACAGGUGAAGAAUGCCCAGCGAGGAAAAGUUAAAGGAAAAAGUUCAGAGGCCACUUCUGCCCUGGCUGGUUUGCUGGAAGAGGAAGUUCUGUCUACAACAGAUCGUUUCACAGAUAAUGCAUGGAGAGGGGCAGAGGCUUACCACUUCUUUAUGCUUGCACAGAGGCAGCUCUAUGAGGGAUAUGUGGACGCUGCACUGAAGACAGCUCUUCAUCUGAAAGACUAUGAAGACAUCAUCCCUCCUGUGGAGAUCUACUCUCUGCUAGCACUCUGCGCAUGCGCCAGCAGAGCCUUUGGGACUUGUUCAAAAGCUUUCAUUAAACUUGAAUCUUUAGAGACCCUCAGUUCAGAACAGAAACAGCAGUAUGAAGACCUCGCUUUAGAAAUAUUCACCAAACAUGCUCCAAAAGAUAACAGAAAACCUGAAUUGGACAGCCUUAUGGAAGGUGGAGAAGGGAAACUGCCAACAUGCGUUGCCACAGGAAGCCCGAUCACUGAGGAUCAGUUCUGGAUGUGCAGUGUAUGCAAGCAUGGUGUCCUUGCUCAGGAAAUAAGCCACUACAGCUUCUGCCCCUUAUGCCAUAGUCCAGUGGGAUAAAGGAAUGAUAAACUGUAUAUAACCGUAAAAUAUAGGUAACAUCAAUAAAUGGCUAUAUGCUGUAUGUGUAAUAAGGUUUAUUUCUAUGAGUUUUGUAUGAAAAUAAGCCUCAUUAUUUAUAGUUGAAUUUUCGCACAAAAUACAUGUUAAUAAAAUAAUUUUUAAGGCAAUACAACUGUGAAAUAAUAAGGCUGAUUUUCAUGUAAAUGUAUGAAAAUCAACCAUAUUUUCUGUCUCCCUCUCUCUUUUGUCUAUCUUGUAUUUGGUUACAUGAUACCAUGGGAAUAUUCCAAAUACAUAUUUUUCUCACAGUGUCAA